AUGGUCAGGGAGGUCGUCAUGUCACGUCUGGUGCUGUUUCUGGGAUCGACUCGAGAGGGCAGGAACGGUGAACGCGUUGCCACACAUCUCAUCAAGCUCCUCAAGGAGAAGAACCACAAUGUGACCGUUUUCGACCCGCUGAAGAUGCCGUUCGAGAUGCUGCGCCAGCCGCUGCACUUCAUGCCGGAUGCUUCGGCGGCUCCCGAGUGGCUGCGGGAUGCCAAUGAGACACUGAAGGCGGCGGACGGCUUCGUGGUGGUGACGCCCGAGUACAACUGCGCACUGCCGCCGGCGCUGGUCAACAUGCUGGACCACUUCCCGCCCGCCUCCUACCGCCACCGGCCCGUCGGCAUGGCCUGCUACUCCUUGGGCCAGUUCGGCGGGAUGCGGGCGGCGGCGGCGUUCGCCCGGGCCCACUUCAGCGAGCUAGGCAUGGUGAGCAUUCCGUGCCAGUUCACCGUGCCGACGGUGACGCAGAACUUCUCGGCCGACGGGCAGCCGCAGAAUGAGCGCAUUGAGCGCAACGCCGAGAAGCUGGUGCGCGAGCUCACCUGGUACGUGGACGCGCUCAAGGCUGCACGGAAGGACGGCGUGCCCAACUAGCCCGCAGGCGGGCAGCUCGUGCGGCGCGCGUCAGCUGUCGGUGACGUCACGCCCCGCUUCAGUGCCGCGGGUCACUGCGGCCCGUCAGGUGGUGGUAGCGCUGUGUCGUCUUUGCCGCGCGGUCGACCCUAGUGAUAGCGCUAAAUGACAUAACUGACGUCGGUGCUUCAUUUUCAUGGUGCCGCUUGUUCUCAACUUUCGCCCUACCUCACCUUUUUAAUGUGCUUUGUCCUUUGUGCGUGGUCGUUGUAAGUGCCUGAGCUUGGUCAGCCCUGCACCGAGUAGCGGGUAAAGCGUUGCCGGGCCGUGAUUGCGAUAGCUGGAAUGCAAUAACGCACCUUUUUUCGAAAGGGUACGUGCUGGCCCGUCAAUGGUAUUGAGCCUCGUGCGUACAGGUGUGGUAUCGAUGUAUUGGUCGGCAUAUCA